CCUAUCUACUAUCAGAACUCUUCCCUUUUAACUAAAAUGCAAAUGUUGCUACUCAGCAAUAACACCAGAUUGCCAAUGCCAUCAUUUAAUAAAGAGAUAAUCCCCUUUUUUACCUGCAGCCUUUUACAUGUAAUGGCUCCUGGUGGAUUACAAAAGUUCAGCAUACAGAUGUGCAUGAGAUGACAAUGAUAUUUGGAAGCGUUUAUUUUUAUUUUUUUCACUAACCCACAUUUUCUCAUUCUCCUACCAGACACCACAUGUGGCCUAGAUUCUCAGAUUAUGCUUUGUUUUUUGUGUACAUUGUACAUUCUGUGCGUAAUAGCCGUGCGUAAUGGCAACCGAGCAGAUUUUAGAUAUGGUUUCAAAGAACACACGCCUAAAUCCAUUUGCUGUAGUUAUGCCCAACACAUCUUCAACGUGCUGUGUUACAUUUGUGUAAUAUCACACAAAACACUAAGUAGUUACAAUACUCUUACAAUGUCUGCUGUUUGUUGUAACUAAGCUAUCCCAGUUGUGCAUUUGAACGACUGUUUUAUGGGGACCAAAGGCCUGCGUCCUUAUGUUAUCGGUUGUGAUAUAUGGCACGAGACAAUAUUGCUGCAUUGGCAUUGUGGCUGAAGUUGGGAUUAACUCUGAGUCAGAACUGAACAUUCCUGUUUGAAUAUCGAUUUACAACCUAAUUCUUCCCAUUUGUUAUCUUAUUGUUGGAUCGGGUAGACUAUAUUUAACGUUAACUAAGUUGGCACGCGCACACACAGGUGUCAGAUUUUGAAUAGAUGUGAAAGAUAUGCAACUUAUUCGGUUCAGAAAUGUUGUGUACAGUAUCAUAACUAUGUGCGUGCAAGUCUACCUGGCAAUCAUAAUCGAAACUAUUUUAUGGGAGCGUUGUCUAAACGAACACCUGAACGAAUUUGACUUCUGUCUUUGUUUUUUCUUAGUUUCUCGCAGCCACGAACCUCCUCAAAAUGCCGGCAAAAGUAUGCCUAAUGUGUCCAUUGCGUUUAGGCUACGCUCAGGCAAGGGGAAAGGGUUUUUUGGGUUUGGGUGACGCUCUGAAUCACGUGCUCGUUUGGACCACACACUGUAUAUUUCUUUCCGUUCUCAUUCCGCCGUCCGCGUCUCACCGACAUAAACAGUGUGCCAUAGGGAGUUGAUGUACCUUGCUGUGGUCACUGACGGGUUCACGUCAGUUCACCGGGUUCAGCUGAGGAGAGGUCUCGGCCCCUCCUCCUAUUCGGAGACACCGACCAGAGCUAAUCUAAUGUUAUUCAUUUCAGUAUUAAUAACGGAUUUCCAUUUCUUCAUUCCUCACCAGCUAUACGGUAGGAAACUCAAACUUGCUACUUCAAGAUAUAGCUUACGUAAACGCCUUCCCUUUGCCUUCUCAAAGUUGCUUUACUUAAAGCUGUCAUUGCUAGCUAUUCUACUCCUAUGCGGCGCAGCAGUCAGGGCAGUUUACAUGAAGUCGCCAAUGUAUAAAAUGGCGACAGUAGAUGGGGAGUGCUGACUUAAAAUUUUGGGAAUCGACAGUACCCAUCUCGAUAAGACUGUAACUAUCCGGCAUGCCGCGCUGCAAGCGUUUUCCGGAUAGGUAGCCUAUUCUGGAGUGAAAGGGUUAACUCACCAGUUUGUUACAGUUUCUCGAGAAUUUACUCAACAUUAUAUCUGGUUCUAAUUUGCCUACUCGCACGCUACAACGUGUCUUUUCGGAGGUUACACUAUAUCAUUAAUGCAGCGCGUCGCAAAGUAUGGUCUCCAAUGAGCGACCCUUAGGAGUCCUGUGCAGCAGAUGGAAGCAGCUCCAAAACUAGGAUGAAUGAGUAACAGCCACCAUACCAUGGCAGGCCCGUGAACCGGAAGCCCACCCACCCACCCACCCACUACAGUUCUCCUAAACUGGUCAUCAGUUCUCAACAGUUACAACCAUCUCCCAUCCACACACAACAACACCCCUUCUCUGGCCAUCCCAUGUACAGCCAUGGCCAGCAAGAGGAAGUCCACAGUACCGUGCAUGAUCCCAUCCAAGAGCAAACACAGAGAGGACAUCAUACUGGGGUGCCUGCCUGAGCUACUACCCACAAUUCCCGAAGACAGCAUUCUCAGCAUCUCUGGAGAGGAGGGGGACACACGCGUUCCCCCUCCUCCAACCCAAAAAAAGCAGGGCAACAAUGUCACCUGGAAACCCCCUGCUGCCACCGCAGAGGCGGCGUACAGCUGCCCGCCCUGCGGAUUCCAGACCAGAGACCUGACACCUUUCCUCGACCAUUUGGACAGCCACCACAUGGACUUCCGGGCACAGCCAAGCUUCCACUGCCAGAACUGCGGGGUCUCGGCGUCAUGCUUCGAGGCCCUGAUCUUACACAACGCAAAGACACACCCCGGAACCGGGCUGGCCGGCAGCCCCCUGAGCACCUCCCUUCGGGUGUCCAAGAGAGGCGGGGUGACCGUCGUGGAGCAGAACCUGUUUCCAGAGGCGUCCGUUGAGCCUGGAGACGCCGGAUUCCCAGACACUACUACCACCACCACCACCAGUGCAUCUGUCAAGAUAGCCAAGACCAAGGAGGAGCACAAGAGGAGCGUGGUUUCCCACACUGCCGAGGUGCACAGGGUUGACCCGCACAGGGACAAAGGAAUGGAGAUCAGAGACCCCACUGUGUUGGCACAUAUGCAGACCGCAGCAGCACUUAACGGAUCCCUGGGGAGACUCCCGUCUCUCCCGUCCGCCAUGCAAAUUGUCACCGGAGCCGGGUCACUUCCCCACCUCAGGCAGAACAGAGGUCCCAUUCGGCCAUCUUUUACCACUCCGGUCAACCCUCCGAACUCGUCUCUCCCACUUAACGCUUUCCCGCCCUCCGACCCAAACAACAACAACCUCCCCAAGGUGAUGAUUCCUCUGAGUAGCAUCCCCGCUUACGACGCGGCCAUGGACUCCAGUAGUUUCCUCAAGACAUCCUUCAGCAAGUUCCCGUACCCGACGAAGGCCGAGCUCUGCUACCUGACCGUCGUGUCUGAUUUUCCCGAGGAGCAAAUCAAACUGUGGUUCACGGCCCAGCGUCUGAAGCAAGGAAUCAGCUGGUCCCCGGAGGAGAUCGAAGACACCCGCAGGAGGAUGUUCAACACGGUUUUCCAGCCAACACCCGAAGGUGCCCAGAAGCAGCAGCAGCAGCAUCAGCAGCAGUCCCACUACAGCAUCCCACAGCACAGAACGGUUACUCAUUCGGUUGCCAUGGGGCCAAACUGCAGGGUGCCCCAAAUACCACCAGGCAUCGUCAACAGGUGGAAGCCAGGGGUCAUAAUCAGCCAACCCGGCAUGAUUCCGCGGCCUCCGCCUCCUCCCACGAAGCCCCCAUCAGUCGUCAGAACAACAGCACAUUUACCAACCAGAGCUGCCGCCCUUGCCCUCGCUGAGGCUGCAAGCAGCAGCUUUUCCAGCAGUGGCCGAAGCAUCAGUAUCAGCAGUGGCAGCAGCAGCAGCAGCAGCCACAUCAGUCAAACGUCUGCCUAUCAACAGCCCGGACAUUCGAGCGCCAAGCUGCCUCUUGACAGUGAAGCCAGAGUCAGCACCUUAAGCAAAGACAGUGUUAGCAGCUUGGCUGUCAUCAGCCGCAUCAAUGACCAUCACCAACCGACAACAAUCAGCAACAGCCCGAGUCAAAGCAUCACUUCCAGCAACGGCAGCACCAGUGCCUUGAAUAGCAUUUAUAGCAACUUUAUCAGCAACAACUUUUGUAUCCAAAACACUAGCCCCACCAGCAAAGCGACAAGCUACAACCCGAACGCUAACGGAGGCACCGGUAGCCAAAGCAAGAGCCCUGGCCACACCAACGAGAACAGCAAUGCCAGCAUAUCUACCAGUGACAGCAACACUAGCACCAGCCCACUAAGAACUAGCAAUACUGAAGAUAGUGAUAUCACAAACCACACCAGCAAAUUUAGCUCUGACAAUGCAGACACUUCCCCCCUCACCACCAGCAAUGAAAGAAGUGGAGUGGCGGACAAUCCACCUGGCCUGUUGCACUGCCCAACGGUCCAGCCAUGUAGUCCCCUAGACCCCUCUCUCAGCAAGGCCAAGAAAUCCCAGGAACAGCUGGAGGAACUGAAGAAGAGCUAUGCCCACUGCCAGUUUCCAGACCAGAGAGAGGUGGAGAAGCUCACGGCUGCCACUGGGCUCACCAUGGGAGAUGUCCAGAAGUGGUUCAGCGACAAGCGGUGCCAGGACCGAAACACGUCAGGUUCUCGGUCUUCGGCGGAGAUGCCUUCUGAAGAUGUUCCACUGCCACGCUCCGCCACUCCUUCAUCCCCGGACCUCGCAGGCAACCCGGUGAUGAGAAAUGGCCCCGCCAGCCAGCCCACCCUUAGCCCCCCACCCCCGAAACUGCUGAAGCAACAAGAUCCUGCGUCAGCCGCUCCACACAAAGUGCCCAGAGUACCUUCUCCCGACUUCACCGCUGUCCUGUACAAGGAGCGUGACCCACUGCAUCUGAUUGCCUUAGAGGACAGCUUCUGUCAGAGCCCCCAGCCGCCCGAGGCUGAGGUCGACAGGCUUCGAGCAGAGACCAAGAUGACUCGUCGAGAGAUCCACUGCUGGUUCUCCGAGAGGCGGAAGAGGGAGGUCAGUCAGCAGCGAGACGAGAAAAUGAAGACGGAGGAAUCGUCUGAAUGGGCCAAGCACUCCCACACCCCACCAACCUUGACCAAGGAGGACGGACAGUUCAAAGAAGAAGCUGCUGGCCAGAGGCCGUUCAUGAAAGAGCACUACACGACGGACGCGGAGCAGUCGCAGAGUCAGAGCGGAAGCCCCGAGCCAAAGGUGAACCCCAUCAAGAUUAACCUGAAGAUGCUAAAGGUGGCCGAUCCGGAGUGCAAACACGAGCUGACGGUCAUGUCGCCCGACCAGGAAUCGGACAUUUCCAGAAUGAUGUCCUCACCGUCCUCCUCCCUGCUAUCCGACAGGGUAACUCCUGAUCAAAUGCACCUUCUUCGAAAGACCUUCGCCAGCACCCCCUGGCCAAACAACCAACAGCUGGAUGAGCUGGUGAUGGUCACGGGGCUGCACAAGUCCGAGGUGGUUCGCUGGUUCAGUGACAGCCGGCGUAUUCACAAGAACGGACAGCUGCCGUGGCUAGACACCUACCAGAACACGUUGGCGGAUUCCAGAGUGUGGUUUGCUGAGGAGAGGCACAGCAACGCAAUAGGUCACACAGGGAUGCAGAGAGCUGAGCAGCAGACCCAUUUCAUGGGGCACGAUCUGGCAAGAGGUCUGGUUGGGCCGGAGACUAUCGAGCGAGACCAAGCCAGUGUGCUGGAGGGGUCCCAGAGGUACUUGUCCUCCCUGCUGACGUCUGGGGAUCCUGAGGGCCUGCAUGGGCGGGAAGAGGCCUACGACACAACCAGAGCGCCCACCACACCAAUGCAAGAUCCCUGGGCAGUCAAGGGAGAGGAACACCAGCAGCCCAUUGACGGUCAGAGUUUUCGGGAGCACCAGGCCCAAGACAAACAGUCCAGGGACAGUCUGCGGAGGGAGCUGUUGAAGGUGUGAUGUCUCCAGGCAGCGGGAGCUGAGGAUGAGGAGGACGAGGAGCGGAGAGGGGGGAGCCUGGGGGGUAGGGGGACGCCAGGACGGGGUGCAAAAGAGGGGCAUGGGAGAGGGAGGGUAGGGAGAUGUAAUGGGGCGGCGGGGUAGGGGAGGGGGAUGAUGAUUACUGUUAACCAUUUGUGGGUUUGUUUUUUGUUAUGACAGCACACGUGAUUGUAAUUAGUCUGUGAAGGCAGUGUGGGACUCCCCCCCCCCUCUCCCCCCCACCCCCACCGGAGGGGAGGGGACACAAAGUCGAAUGUCAAAGAGAGUGAUGAGCGAUUAAGAAAAGAACCCACCGAUGGACCAGAAGGAUGGAUGGAUGGAAGGAAGGAGGAGGAUGAGAAGGAUGAGGCAAACCCAGCUCUACGGGGGGACUGAGGUGAACCAUGUCUGAAACUGCACUAUUGAAAAGGGUUGUUUUGUUGUUGUUUUUUUUUAAUGACUGGACAAAGAAGGUGUCGUUGUGACAUUUGUGAUAUUUCUUACUUUUUAUUUUUUAGUUAUCAGUACUUCAGCACUGCCUUGAAUUGUACUAUAUCCGUCAAAGGAUUUUUAAAUGUAUUUCUCCUGUUAUCACUGUAAUUCCAGAUAAGAGUGAGUCUGUAUUUUAUGUUAAGCUCUAUAAUUGUUAGUGAAAUUAAAAAUCACACUGCGGCUAUAAGCAACGCAAAGCAAAGCAAAGCUAAGCAAAGCAAGAAAAAAAAAUGUUUAAAAAAAAAAAAAAACUUUUUUUUAAAACUAGAGGUAAAGAUGUAGAGAAAAAAACAGAGGCUCAAAGUCAUAUCUGACUGCUUUAGUGGUGUCUGCUGCACACUUCCGAGUUGUUUCACAUGUAAACGUUGCCUUAAUACUUUGCCCACUCAUUCCCUGUUUAACAGUGACUGGCUUCACAGCAACUGAGCUGCAAAGACACUGUGAGUGUCUAUAAAUUAAUGGCUAGAAGUCCCCCCAGGGGAAUCUGCUGCUGUAUUUUAUCAGAAAGGUACUAAAAAACGUCUCUAUUAAGUAAGAAAAAGGAGAUAUGAUAAAUACUAUGUUUAAACUAAUUAAAAAAGAAAAGAAAGACUAAUAUGAUGCAGAACUUGAAGCGAUGGACUUGGACAAAGAGUUAAAAAAAGACAAAAUGGCAUGGUUGGAAAGAAAAAUAGCUAGACAGCCAAAUGAAGAUGUCUGCUGAGUAGAUUUCUAUGUUUUGCUGACAAUUCGGUGUUGAUUUUAAACAAUGUGAAUGCAAACGAUUCUGCAUCUCCAAACAAGCUGCUAUGUGUGUUGAGAAAGGUGCUAAACCAUCCCAAAGAGAGAGUGGACACGUCCCUUUCUGGUGUUGUAUGCAUUAAUAUUGAAUGUGGUCAAGUCUAAUCUCUUGGAACAAUAGCAAAGAUAAAUCUGGGCUUACAGUAUUAUCCUGAUCACUUUUGACUGAGAACACACAUACCUAGCACCGUUGUAUUACCCUUUCUACACAUACAAGAUCUUUACAGAAUAAAUGGAAUACAGCAAA